AUUAUACAUGUAUAUUUAUAAGACAUUUAAUAUAUGGAAAAGAAAACAAAAAAUAUCCAACAAGAAAAUACAAUUAAAUUAUAUAUUCACAGGUAUUGUCAACUCUCAGAGUCCUGGCAAAAGGCGACUUUCAGUCCGAGGCAGCAGAUAUCCAUGGCAUUUCACAGCCAUCCUUCAGCAGGACCUUCAUGGAUGUCGUAGAUGCCCUUAAUCAGAGUCUGAACAACAUCGCCUUCCCCUCUGGACAAGCUGACAUUCUCCAGAUCAAGGAAGACUUUUUGAAAGUGUCUAACUUCCCGAAUGUUGUUGGGGCCAUUGAUGGCACGCUAAUUCCCAUCAUUGGAAUGUCUGAGGACGACGAGCACGUAUUUGUGUUUCGGAAAGGAUUUCAUGCCAUCAACAUGCAGGGUAUUGUUACAGCUGUCCUGAAAUUCACAAAUAUUGUUUGCAAAUAUGGAGGGGCAACACAUGAUGCCUUCAUACUUGCUAAUAGCAGCAUCUCUGAAGUGAUGGAUCAGCUACCAGGUGGAGGUUGGCUCCUGGGUGACAGUGGAUAUCCUCUCAGACCCUGGCUAAUGACACCCAUUCUGGCUCCUCAGAUGAGACAGGAGGAGAAAUUCAAUGAGAGCCACAUCAAGACUAGGAAUUGUGUGGACAGGGCCUUUGGAAAAUCCUUAAUUUAUUUCAGAUGUCUCCACAAAACAGGAGGAGCUUUGGCAUACACCCCUGCAACGUGUGUCAGGAUUAUUGAAUGCUGCUGUCGUCUUCACAAUCGAGCCAUUGAAGAAAAGCUUCCUAUACCACUGGCCGGACAAGUCGCCAUCUAUUUCAACAACCACACUGUAAAUACACAAAAUAUUGCCAGUGCUGUUAAUAUCAGAAACAUCAUUGUGAGAAGGUUCUAA